CACGGCUUAAAAAACGUAAGUCACAUGAAAAAUUAAUGAGUUUUAAACCUACAACCUAAAAAUUUUACCUGCAGUCAAACGUACAAACUUUAAAGUAAAACAAAGUAAGAAAAUUUCAAAUGUGUUCUUAUCAUGAUGCUUCAAACUUUAACAGUGACCAAAUGAUUGCAUUAACUGUUGGAGUUGGGUUAAACAAUGAAGCAUAUGAGGCUCAAAUGAGAGGAGACCACAAAAUUGCUUUAGAAAAAUACAAGCAAGCUUUGGAAAUAAAAGUGAAGGCAUAUGGUGAAAAUUCAUUGCAUGUUUGUAUUUCAUUGAGUGGACUUUGUGAUGCUUAUUUGGAGUUAAAUGACCUUGAAAAUGCUACACUACAGGCCAAUAGGAUGUUGUCAAUAGCCCAAUAUAUUACCAACCCAGAACAAAUUAGAAUCGCCCAAGAGAUCUUGGUUGACUGUGAAAAGUUGAGUAAAAAACGUAAAAAGUUGGCGUCUGUUCAAAAGAACAAAUAAAUAUAUGAAGUUUCAAAACCAAUAUAAACUAUAUGCAUUUGUUUUUUGUUAACUGUUUUUAUGUUUAUUAUAAAAAAUUAGCCAACUUCUUAA